UCCCGACGAUGCGGCAGCAGACUCCGUGUUUCUGUUUCAUUCUGUCCACCAUCAUCACAGGGUCUCUUCUGAUGUCUUGGGACAUGAAGGUCUCUCUGGUGGUCACUGUCCCCAGAGGAGAGGACGCCGUCCUCAGCUGCUCCUUCACACAUCCCCGACAGCGCGACUACUCUGGGAAGAUCACCGUUAAAUGGCUGGCGAGAGAGUCCAGCGCUCUGCCGUUCUUCAGCUGCUCCGUCACCAACCACUCGGCGGAGGAAGCCGGCGACUGCUCCGGUUCAGGUCUAAGAUAUUCUCUGAAGGGAGACCCUCGACGGGGGGAGCUGUCACUCCUCAUCAGGCAGGUACACGAGGCAGAUAACGGGACGUACUUCUGCCGAGUGGAGCUGGAAGGCUGGAGGAGUUAUUUCCAAAAGGUGACACAUCUUUAUGUGACAGCUAAACCUCAGAUCCUGAGCCUCUCCGUGGUGGAGACGAGCUCUGGCUCAGACGGCGCCACCCAGAGGCUGCAGUGUGAGGCGGAGGGCCACCCGCUGCCCACCGUCAGCUGGCUGUCGGCCUCCAGGAGGCUGUCAGGAAGCCAGGUCCACACCUCUCAGCUCAGCCCCUUCAGGCUGGUUAGCUCCGUGCCGUACCGCGAGGAGGACGUGUUCACCUGCAGGGUGGAGAGCAGGCUGGGCGGAGCAGAGAGGAGGUACCCCCCAGGUAACGCUCUGCUGAUCAGCCUGACGGUGUGUGGCCUCAUCGUGCUGCUGCUGCUGCUGUCUGCAGGAUUCGUCUUCUACAGGCGGAGCAGAGCUCGAGCUGAGUCGUCUCCUGUUCGUGAAAAUACUGCUGCAGCUGCAGCCGACUCCUCUCCUAUUUAUGGAAACGCUGACGUAGUGGAGAUCCAUCGCCUGCAGCGCUCUGACUCUCCAGCUGAGGGCGACGUGGAGCGGCAGCUGGUUUACUGUGCUGUCGGUCUGAACGUUCAACACACCUGUUUGAAAACCUCCACACAACACCAGGAGGCGACAGCCGUCGUCUAUUCUCCUGUGAACCUUCAGCAGUGAGCGAGGAACCACAAAGAGCGACGCUUCAGCCUCGUGUGAACGCUGCAGGAAAUAUUCAUGUUUCCUUUGAGGUCCAUGUUCACAGUUUGUUGUGGUCACAGUAUUUUUAACACAUUAAUCAGAAACAGCAUCAAGUCAAGCGUUCAGAGCAUCAUGUUGUAGUUUUUAGUGCUUUAAAAUGUGUAUUUAGUUGAAGAUAAAGGUUUUAGUUGUGAAACUUUGGAUGUGAUAUUUGUGUGUUUUCUGUGAACUCUUUGGCCUUCAGAGAUGUUUUUAGAGGAGAAAACUCUGCUUUGAAUAUUAAUUUGUUUCAUCCUCACAUCUUCAUCUCCCUCGCUGAAACAGUCUAUAAACAUGCAGCCUUCCUUUCAGAAGUUUAACAGCUGGACACAUGAUGUCUCCGACCGUCUCCAGGUGUGUCCAGGUGUCUGCACACUGAGGUGGUUUAAUUGAUUGGGUGUAUGUUUGAGUAUCAGUUCACAGUUUGUCCUUAUUGAUCCGACCUCAGUUUGGGUUUUAGCUGCUGCGUGUUUUCACACCCUCCAGCAGGGGGGGCCAGAGGUCAACUAAAACUCAGAGAAUCUGUCCAGCGGUUUGUUCUGUUCUGUUUGUGCUGCACGACUCGCCGCCACUGUAAUGACGAAAGAAAAGAAGCUUUGAUCCAUUAAAACGUGAAUCGACGUGUCAGCAGCUCUGCUCACUUCUGUUCCGGGAUUAUUUUCCUGGUUUGGGCCCCUAAGUUUAAUAAAGGGACAUUUUAAUGCUCCAGCACACAAUGAGGUUUCCAUGGAUGGAUAACUGAGCUCAGGCCACAGGGCCCCAGGGGUCAGGGGCCCCCUGAGCCAACAUUUCU